UCGAAAGUCAUUUAAACAUUUCAACGAAACCUUGAAAGUGAAGUAUACCUGAAAAUUUUCCGCAUAUACAAGCGGAUCAAAUGCCAAAAAUAUGUGUUUUAAACUCGCGCAUACAUACGUACAUAUCCUUGUGAACAUUUCGAACGUGCAUAUGAAAAUAAAUAAAUAGGCCAAGUGUCGUUCUUCAAAGAGCAGUCACUUUGUAACUCUAGAAGUAGUGUAUCCUCGAAAAAUUUAUUCCAUAACGAUUUGUUGAAAAAUGUUACACGUUGCAUACUCUCACCGAGUCGCGGGGCUUCUUUGCUUAGCCAUGCGACUUAUGCAACUGCACGCGUUACCGGCACAACCAAACAUUGCAAACUUAACGGCGUCAGAAAUAGCGCAUGUAACAGCAGUGAAUCAAAACAACACCUAUGCCAAUCAUACUUUACCAUCACAAGAGCCUGAACUUGAAGCUGCUGCAAGCGAAAUUGGACCACCAUCAGCUGAAUCGAUUCCUCCAAAUGACGCGAAUUCGAGCAAUGGCCCCAUCGAUCCAUCCGUGUUCGCCAACUACUUUACACCGGAGGCUAUUCGGCAUUACAUUAAUCAAUUUGGCGCCACCUACCCUGGCUAUCCCGCCUAUCCGGCACCCAUUGGCUAUGUGGCAGCUCCUCAACCACCGCCACCAGGUGUUGGUCCCAUCUAUCCAGGCCCAUAUGUGGUACAGACUGGCUACGAGGGUUACUUAGUGCCAGCCACCACUGCCAUCUCAGAAGCUGCAUCUAAUCCACACAAUAACAACAGCAAUGCUUUACUCAGACCACUCACAUAUCUGAUAAAUCUGUUUUCGAUGAUGAUGAUGUCGUCCUUGUUUCGAGUCGUGGCCACUAUCAUUGGCGCUAUAGGCGUGUUCUUCUUUAGCGGCACUCUAUCCAGAUUCGUGUGCGCUUUCACACCUAUGUGCGAGAUCACCAACUCAGCUGUCGAGUAUUUAAGGAAUGAUACUAAUGUGACUCGUGUUACACGUAUGAUAGCUGAAGGCAUGACGCCGGAAGGUGUACAACGUGCCGCUGAACAUGUGCAGACUGCAAUACGCAAGUAUGAGGAGUUGCAGAAAUUAAUCGGCAGUGAAGAGAGGAAUUAGUGAAGCUCAUACAUAUAUAAUGUAUAUUAGUAUUAUGAUAAUAUAAAUUCUUCUGUAAUUUCUGUAAUCGAUCACAAUUAAUUACACUUCCAAACUUUGAUUUUGAAAGUUUGCUCAACUAACAUUAUAUCAUCAUAUAUAACAUCAUCAUCUACUCUCCCAGCCGGGUUAUUAAAUUUUUAUUCUCACCGCACUUAUUAAGCUCCUGGAUCGAUACAUACAUACCUAUAUACUUAUAUACAUACCUAGAUGUAUGUGCCUUGUAAUUAGAUUUGUUGAAAUUAAGGCGAUGCACAUACAAAAUUACUGGUUUUGAUCACCGGCUGAGGAUAAUUGAGUAAAGUAAGGAAUGUUUACAUCAGCCUCAAUAUAGCUUCGGAACUACUAAAUUUAUCUUUGCCAAAAAUCACCCUAGAAGUUGAAAACAGUUUAUCUGUUUAAUUGGCUAGAUAAGGAAAUGCACCUAAAAGGCUUAAUGAAAAUAUAAAAAAUUACCUAUGAUUUUAAUAAUAUGCGAAGAAAUUGUUUAUAAGAAAAAAGAAAAUUAUGGUAAAGACUACAUUCGAAGGUGCUAUCAACAAUGAAUAAACUGACAGGAGGAUUUCAGAAAUAUUAUUUUUUCUAAAUAGCAAAAAAAAUAUCCAUAUUCUCACUAAAAUAAUUUGUGUCUUAACAAUACUUAUGAAACAAUUAAAAAAAGUUAAGUGGAUGAAUGUUUUUGUAGUUUAAAGAAUACUUCUAAUAUUAUGUACCCAUAUUUGUAUUAACAAUGCAAUGUAAAUCCACU